CACGUUUCAGUUAGACUACAACUGUUAGUUACAAUUGACAGGCAUUACCAUUACUAGAAAUAACAGAGCGGUGUUGUCGAGCAUGACGUUGGGCGGGCGGCGCUGCCCUCAAGAAGGUUCAUAAUAUAGGCUGUUUAUACAAAGCUAGUAACUAUGAAGGUUAAAGUCAUUAGCCGCUCAGAGGAAGAUUAUACGCGUGAGCGCUCGAGUGACUUGCGCAAGGUCCAGCGCAACUACGACCCACAGCUGCACCAAUUCGAGAAAGCGCAUGAGUACACACGCGCCCUUAACGCCGCCAAGCUAGACCGCAUCUUCGCCAAACCCUUCCUUGCUGCACUCCCGCACGAUGACGGCGUCACAUGCCUCGCGCGGAACCCUAAGCUAGUAAACAGCAUCGUCUCCGGCUCCGCUGAUGGCGAUAUCCGAAUCUGGGAUGUUCCCCAGCAACGCACGCUGCGGCGACUGGUAGGCCACACGGCAGCGGUCAAGGGCAUUUCAUUCGCCCCAGAUGGUGAGACGUGCGUGUCAGCAAGCACCGACGCCACGGUAAAGCUCUGGAAGGUGCCGUACGCACCCUUCGAGGCUGGUGAGGUGCAAGAAGACGCCGAGCCGGUGUUCGAGUUCCAGGGCAAGAAUGCCUUCCGUGGGAUCGACCAUCAUUGGGACCGAACCAUCUUCGCCACGGCCGGCGCCGCAGUGGACAUUUGGGACCACACCCGGUCAGAGCCGGUGCAGAGCUUCACGUGGGGCUCAGAUACCAUCACCUCCAUCCGCUUCAACCCGGCCGAGCCCGACGUGUUCGCCUCCACCGCCGUGGACCGCUCCAUCGCGUUGUACGACAUGCGCCGCUCCACGCCGCUGCGCAAGGUGGUCAUGCAGACGCGCUGCAACGCGCUGGCGUGGAACCCCAUGGAGCCCUUCAACUUCACGGCGGCCAAUGAGGACUGCUGUCUGUACACGUACGACAUGCGGAAGCUCACCUCGGCGCUGUGCGUGCACAAGGACUUUGUGUCCGCCGUCAUGGACGUGGACUACUCGCCCACGGGUCGGGAGUUCGUGGCGGGCUCGUACGACCGCUCCAUCCGCAUCUUCGCGGCGUCCGGCGGCCACUCGCGCGAGGUGUACACCACGAAGCGCAUGCAGCGCGUGUUCGCGGUGCGGUUCAGCGGGGACGCGAGCUACGUGUUCAGCGGCAGUGAUGACAUGAACGUGCGGUGCUGGAAGGCCAAGGCCUCCGAGCAGCUGGGGGUGCGGCUGCCUCGUGAGAAGCACAAGCAGGCGUACAACGAUGCGCUGCUGGAGCGCUACAAACACAUGCCGGAGGUCAAGCGUAUCGUACGGCACCGGCACCUGCCCGCCGCCAUCUUCAAGGCCGCCAGGACCCGCCGUACAGUCACGGAGAGCGACAAGCGCAAGCUGCAGCGGCGCAUCGAACACAGCGCGCCGGGCUCCAUCGUGGUCAAGCCGGAACGCAAGAAGAAGAUCAUUGCGCAGGUCGAGUAAGGCUGCUGGAGGUUGGUUUCGAUUUGGUUGGCGAUAAGUUGGUUUGGUUUGGUUUCGUGGGUAGCGUAAGGAGUGUGGUGUUUGGAUCAUCAGCCGUGCCGUGAUGCAGCUGGUAAAGGCAGGUGCGGGUUUGCUGGGGCUGGAGCUAGCCGGGGGGUUGGACAAACGUGUUUGCGGGGGCAUGGGCUUGGAACCAGCCGCCCUAACCAGGUUGCUGAGUGGCUACGCUUAGACCAGGAGAUAAGCCUUAUGACAGUCAGGACACAUGAUAUGGACAUAGGUAUAAGGGGAACGUACGGGCAUAGCAGGUAGAGUUGUUCGGGGGAGGCUACUUGCCUACGGCUAAGGAACGCCAGUGGGGUUUGUUACUGGAGGGAUGGAAUCUUAUAUUACGCAAGGUAUGGAUGUCUUCAGAGCAGUUACGUCAGAGCAGUCAAACGCACAUUAAGAUGGCGAAGACGUUCGAUGUGGGCUUUUCGUGGUGAGAGAGACUAAUCUGUAGUUGGAUGGGAUGUGCCCGGCGGGCAUUACUUCAGUUUGCU